AUGCUAAAUAGUGUCGACUACGGCUUUCCUGCUGGUGAUGAGAGUGAUGGAAGUAGUGGCGAAUGGGACACGGGAUAUUCCAGUUAUACCAAGAGUCCAGAUUCUGAGGGGUCGGGGUCGACUUUGCCCGGUGGUGACAACGUUUGUGCCUUGAAACGAGCCAUCGCUGCAGGGAAUGUCGAACUGGUUCAGCAACUUCUGGACAGUGGAAUGGACGUGGAGACGCGACUGGGCUUUGGAUGGACUCCACUUAUGUGCGCCGUCCAUGUGGCCCACUAUGACCUGGCGCAACUGCUGCUGGACCGUGGUGCAAGUGCAAACUUCAGCAGAGAUAAUUAUACUGUGUUGAUGGCUGCAUGCACAGCAAACUCUGCUACUGAGGAGAAAAUCGCCAAAUGUGUAGCUCUACUGCUGAGUCGCAAUGCUGACCCAAACAUCUACAGCAGGAGCCGCAUGACGUGUCUGAUGCUGGCAGCCAGGGACGACUACUGUCAGGUGAUCAAUCUCCUGGUAUCCCACGGAGCAGAGUUGGACUUUCAGGAUGACAAUGGCCACACAGCGCUCAUGUUAGCUGUGCAGUAUGGACAUAAAGGAGCAGUUCUAAAACUGCUUCAGCUUGGAGCUGACAAGUCCAUCAAAACCAAGGCAGGGAAGACAGCGGCUGACCUGGCCCAAGAGCUCAAACACCCUCAGAUCUUCAGGAUUCUUAACUCCUCAGGAGACUCCACUGAUAACGGUGGAGUGCCGUCCAAAGCAGAAACACUGUUUAAAUUCCUCAACCAAAACCCUGAAUCUCUGUCUGUCUCAAAAGAGAGUUCUGCUAAGCUUUGUGAUAUUGAACUUCUGCUGCAUGGGCUGAACCUGGAGUACCUCUCUGAUAUUAUGAUGGAAAAUGACAUCACCUGGAGCUACUUGUUAACGAUGGAAAAGGAGGACUUAGAAAAGAUUGGAGUAAGAGACCCUGAGGACCAAAAGAAGGUUCUUAAUGCCAUUCAGGAGAUGCACCUUGAUAGAGUAGAUGUGGACACAUUGAAUCAGCUUGACAACAUAGAUAGUGGGAGUGAAGAGCUAUACAACUUUCUGAUCAGCCUGAGGCAGCAGUGCUGUUACCUAACUGAGACGGUGCAGGAUGUCAUCAGCAGGUUCCCUCACAGCCCGUCUGAGCUCGUUCUGACUUGGGAUCCAAAGAAGGAGGCUCAGGCCAUUUGCACAGAGUUAGUGGCUCAGGCUGGAGACCUCCAAAAAGAAGUGACCUGUCUCAGGGACCUCCUCAGCAAGAUGGAUCCCACACAAUACUCCUUCCAGCCUUCUCUGCCCAAGUCCCACACAAGCAAGAGGAGACGAGUCCUGACGAAGUUAGCUAUGGGUGUGCUUGGGGCAGGUCUACUGCUACUGCUGUCAAGAAACUUCAAGGGCUACCCCUGA